AUGGGCAGACCACGUCAAUAUGGCACCAGACGCCGAAAUGUUGCCCCUACAGCUGACGCGAUAUUCGGUCAGCGAGCGUCUCCAACUUCAUCAACCCGAGGGACCCUUGGCUCUCAAGAAACCCGCUCUACCCGCUCUACCCGCUCUCAACCUUUGGACGACUGGCGCUCCAUAACUCAAACACUCGACGAAGUUUCCCAGGAGUCUCCUCGGCCAAAAGCCAACCAAGAUGAAUCCAGCGAGUCUAGGGAUUCCGAGGAAGAAGAUGGAGAAGUCGAGCCCGGCAGCAACGACGACAGCAGCCAAGACACUGGCAACGAUGAAGCAGAGCCCGAAAGUGACGCAGAAGAUUUAGAUACUGACUCUAGGGUUGCCGAUAGAUCUGCCCCUCUUCAAGAGGACUCCAUACUGCCUGACUCUGAGCAUACUGGCAUCGAUCGCACCUACUAUGGAGAGCCCGCACCCAAGCAUCUGGCAAUCCUUGCUGAUGCGUACAAAAUUGACCGAGGCUCCGAAUUGAUUGUCUCCAAGUGGUCUGAAGUGAUCCCUCCUUCUGCCAUUAUUUCCAAGAUAGCCGAGGCGUCCUUCGCAGAAGUCUAUCGGAUUAACAUUAAACAAGGGACAUCUAUUAUCAAACUUUUACAACUUAAUGUUCCUAAUGAUCCCGCUUCUUCUUUGAUUGAGACGGCUAUUGACGCAAUAGACCUUGUUGCUGAGAUCCGUAUCAUGAACAUUCUCGCCGAAGUUCCAGGAUUUGUCGGUUUUAAAGAUGCACAUCUCAUGAAAGGCAAAUGGGCCCCGGCUCUUCACGCGGCUUAUACAGAGUAUCUCGGGAAAGAAAUUGGGGGGGAGGCAAACUCAUACUUUCCGGAUCCCGAGACCUUCACGGAUGAGUCCACUUUCCUGGUUCUUGAACUCGCCGAUGCAGGAACCGUGUUGGACGAAUGCGAGGUCACGACUAUUGAUCAAGUCUGGGAUCUGCUACUCGGUGUCAUCAUGGCUUUGGGUCGGGCUGAGGUUGAGUGCGAGUUUGAGCAUCGCGAUUUGCACGAGAACAACAUCUGCGUCCGGCAAAAGAGCCAUGUCCCCGCGCAUGACCCAGCCACUGAUGGCAACGUCAAAUACGGCUUCUCCGGCUACGCAGUCACGAUCAUCGACUACGGUCUCUCCCGCGCCAAGGUCAAGAACGGCGACAUCGUAUUCAAAGAUCUGGAGAAGGACCUCGAGCUCUUCCACGGCGAGGGCAGUGGUAUAAGCGGCAUGCAAUUUGACAAUUACCGUCGCAUGCGAACCCACCUCUUCACCGGCACCCACACCAUGCUCCCGGCCUCCUGGCAUGACGCCUCCUCCCUCGACCUGAACCAAGGUCACUCUUGGUCCGAGCACAUCCCCUACACCAACGUCCUCUGGAUCCGCUACAUCCUCUUCUACCUCACCAAGACCCUCAAGAAGUCCUGCACCUCCUCCUCCAAGUCCAAGGACGCCCUCAAGGACUUCGAGGCCGAGACGAAGGAGCUGAAACACAGACUGGACGUGCGAACGAAGCAUAAGGGCGCAUUUGGGAGUGCGAUGGAGGUCUUGAAUUAUGUGUUUGAGAAGGGCUGGGUGGGGAAUGAGAUCUUGGAGGGGUUCGGGGUGGAUAGUAUAUUAUCUGAUGGUGGUGAGUGA